AUGGAUGGAAACAAAACCAUCCCCAGUGACUUCACCUUUGUGGGGCUCUUUACUCACAAAGCCUCGGGAUUCCUCUUCAGUGUUAUUUGUGCCGUGUUCUUCCUGGCCUUAGUGUCCAAUGGAGUCAUGAUCUUUCUCAUUCACAUAGACCCUCAUCUUCACACCCCCAUGUAUUUCCUCCUCAGCCACCUCUCCAUCAUCGACAUGAUGUAUAUUUCCACUAUUGUACCUAAGAUAUUGAUUGAUUACAUUGUAGGCAAAGGGAUCAUCUCUUUCGCUGCCUGUACAGCCCAGUACUUUCUAUACAUGGGCUUUGUAGGGGCCGAGUUCUUCCUGCUGGGACUUAUGGCCUAUGACCGCUAUGUGGCCAUCUGCAAUCCUCUCCGUUAUCCUGUCCUCAUGAGUCGGAGGGUGUGCUGGUUUAUUUUGGCCAGCUCUUGGUUCGGUGGGGCUUUGGACAGUUUCCUCCUCACACCCAUCACCAUGAGUCUCCCGUUCUGUGCAUCCCACAAGAUCAACCACUUUUUCUGCGAGGCUCCUACGAUGCUGAGGCUGGCCUGUGGUGACAAAGCCAUAUAUGAAAUGGUGAUGUACAUCUGCUGUGUGGUGAUGCUGUUGGUCCCCUUCUCUGUGGUGAUCACAUCCUAUGCCCAGAUACUGGUCACAGUACAUCAGAUAAAGUCUGAAGAAGGGAGGAAGAAGGCCUUUGCCACCUGCUCAUCACAUGUGAUUGUGGUAACAUUGUUUUAUGGGGCUGCUUUGUACACCUAUAUGCUUCCCCAAGCCUAUCACACCCCACUCAAGGACAAAAUCUUCUCAGCCUUUUAUACCAUCCUCACCCCCUUGCUCAACCCUGUUAUUUACAGUCUGAGGAACAGAGAUGUGGCAGGGGCUUUGAAGAGGGUGAUAGCAAGACAUAGAGGGACCUGUGGUAUGGAAAGGAAUUAA